AUGGGUGACAAUGUAUUAGAAGACCAUAUUCCUAAGAUAGGAAUGGAGUUUGAGACAGAAGUUGAGGCAUAUGAUUUCUAUAUGAAAUAUGCUAAGGGAAGGUAUAGUAGAAAGUUUCGGAUUGUGAAGUUUGUCGAGGAACACAAUCAUGAUUUGUGUGAUCCGGAAAAAUCUUACAUGUUUAGAUGUUUUAGACAAAUGUCUAAUAUUCAGCAAACACAAGUUGAUGUUGCUCAGAGUUGUGGGUUGGCUCCAAAGAAAAUAAUAGAUGUAAUGGCAAAGGAAGCUGGCGGAAUACAACAUCUUGGUUUUACUCAUAUUGAUUUGAAGAACUAUUUGAGAACUAAGAGGACUUUGGAGAUUAAACAAGGAGAUAGUGGAGGUGUUUUACAGUAUUUACAGAGGAUGAUAAGUGAAGAUCCACAUUUUUACUAUGCUAUUCAAUUGGAUGAGGAAGAUCUAAUUACCAAUAUAUUUUGGACCGAUGGUAGAAUGAUACAAGAUUUUGGUCAUUUUGGUGAUGUUGUUUGCUUCGAUACUACAUAUAGAAAACAUCGAGAUGGCAGACCAAUUGCUUUGUUUGUCGGUGUAAAUCAUCAUAAACAAACAACUGUGUUUGGUGUAGCAUUGUUGUACGACGAAACAAUUGAAACCUUUGAAUGGUUUUUUGAUGCAUUUGAAGAUGCUAUGAUGGGAAAAAGACCAAAAACCAUUUUAACGGAUCAAGAUCAAGCAAUGAGCGCCGCUUUAGCUUCCAAGUGGUCGUCAACUUACCAUCGCUUGUGUGUUUGGCAUAUUUUUCAGAAUGCAGCAAUUCAUCUUUCCAAUGUUUUUGCGAGUUUCAAGAACACCUUUGCAGCUGAUUUUAGUCGUUGUGUGUACGACUUCGAAGAAGAAUCAGAAUUCAUUGAUACAUGGAAUGAAAUGCUGGAGAACUACAACCUACAAGAUAAUCAAUGGUUGAAGAGAAUGUUUUCUCUAAGAGAAAAAUGGGCAUUGGUUUAUGGAAGAAACACAUUUUGUGCUGAUAUGGUUUCUACUCAACGAAGUGAGUGCAUGAAUGCUGUUGUGAAGCAUUAUGUAAAUUACAAAAAUAAUAUUGUCGAGGUGUUCCAUCAUUUUCAAAGGUUGAUAGAUGAUCGUCGUGAGAAAGAGUCGGCAGAAGAUUUCAAGAAUGCUCAAAGUUCUCCUGUUAUGACAUUUCCAUUAGAAAUAUUGAAGCAUGCGGCUGCCGUAUAUACACAUAAGAUAUUUGCAUUGUUUAGCGAGGAGUUGAGGAAGACAAUUGAAAGCAAGAUUGAAGGUGAGAGUCAACUUGAAACUUCAGUGAUAUAUAAGCGAUGGACCAAACAUGCAAAGGGUGAAACAUCAAGAGUUUGUGAUGUAGGAGUUGUCACUGUUGAUGAAAAAAUAAGAAAGAAACAGCGGUAUAAAGAGUUGUGUAACUCUUUCAUGCGUGUGGCAAUAAAAGCAGCUGGGAGUGAAGAUAGCUAUACUUAUGCUUUAGAUUGUCUCUUGAAAAUGGAAAACAAUGUGGAUAGAAUGAUAGGGAAGGCAAAUAAUGUGACAAUUGAGGCAAAGGACGGAGAUGUUGCAGUUGAUGAUGAAACCAAUGAAAGUCAAAUUAAAGGCUUGAAACCUAAAGGGAGAGUUACAUACCAUUCAUGUAAGAGGCCGAAAAAUGCUUUGGAACAGGCUAUUAGUAGAAAACGAAAACCAAAGCCAAAAGCAACAAAGAGUGGUUCGCAACAUGCUUCUUCUAUGCAGGAAUCUGAAGAGACUACACUCAUUAAUGAUGACUACUGGAACGUGACAUAG